AUGACGAACGUACAAGCAAGGACUCGCUCGGUCUACCGGGCCAUACUACGCGAACUACCUCCCCGACCACGUUUCGCGCCAUCCCCUCUCCAGACCAAGAUCCGCCAGCACCUUUCCACAGCACCCGCAGACGCCGACGCAGCUCGCGCCCAGCUCGAAGAAGCAGAGCAGUUCACGCAAUACAUCAAGGCGCAGAGGCAGUAUAUUACCCUGCUGGAACGAUAUAACCCAGGAGCAGACAUGGACCAGGAGGAACGAGUGCGGUUGACUGCCCGGAGAGUCGGCAUGAGCCUGCCAGUCGAGCACAAGAACGAGUCUUCAUAA